AUGGCAGAGACUCCGGGAGUUCGCCCCGCGAUCAAAGAUCCAUCACAGAGAAAGGACUGGAGCGUAGCCGAGGCUCUACAGCUUGCCAGGCAUGUCGUGUGCGCAAGUCCAGAUGCGACGGACAACGCCCCGUCUGUAGCACUUGCCCAAUUCACCACACUCUGUGCCGGCGUUGGUCCACAACUUCUGGACGCGGUGCAAAACCUGACCAGAUUGUUGACGCAGCAGUCGAACAGACUCCAAGCCCACUCAAUCGACGAAGCUGAAGCACCUCAUCGUCCGAGCUGGUCACUAUCCCUAGAUCUCGAACAACACACGUCAAACGUAAAGUUGUUUGUGCAAAAUACGGACACGUCGACGCCGUUGAGACUCCCAGACGAACAACAUGAGGAGGCGAUCAACUUCGGUGGUUUAGCCGGACUUGACUCGAUCUUGACUUGGAAGUCACUGCUUCCUUUGACACAUGAUUUGCCAUCUCCUGUGGGAGUGUGUGGUGCUUCACGUGCGGAACCCUCUCCGUUGACCGCUCCAGAUCUGCGAGAGCUAUACCGCCUGGAGAUCAAAUAUGCAACAGCCCUACAUGUGAAGAAUGCAUUACUUGAUCCUUUGGUUCUGCACGGCUAUGUCAUUGAGGUCUCGCGCAAUGGACUGGAUGGCUCGUCUAAAUCAUGCCUGGUCUGCCUUGUCUGUGCUUUAGGGGCCAUCAUAGGCUGCGAUUCCUCGACUCCUGUCCUACCAGGUGAGCCGCUCGACGCAAACGACAUGUCGAGCGAGCCAGAGCUAGCUCAGAUAUUCUUCGAUGCGGCCUUGACACGACUUGGUAACGCCGUCUGCGAUGACAGUGUGUUAGCAGCGCAGUGCGCAUGUCUAGCUGGGCUUCAACCCUUGAAGGCCUGGAAGUACUUCAACCUUGCCGGAAGUAUCUGGUGUAUCUCGUCGUUCUUCUCACCAUAUUGUCAGAACAAAUCUGACCCUUCGCUUGAUGCGAAUUUCCUGGCCGUGGAGCGAAAUCUGUUCUUCGCUAUUUUUAGGUCUGAGAGUGAGCUGCGCAUGGAGCUUGAUUUACCCAAAUCUUCUUUGGUCGACAUAGAGCUUUCCACUUCCUUCCCUCAACCACCUGCCUUAGGCGGGUAUGAUCCAGGUCGCAAAGUCGAGACCGAUUUGCGGUCAUGGUACUACAUACUUGCCGAGAUCGCGAUCCGCCAUCUGUUGAACCGAUUGCUCCGUUUCCAAGCUGCGACUUAUGGUGAGAUGAAUGAGCCUAUGAUCUUGCAGAUGACGAAAGAUGCAGACGUCUUCAUGUGCCAGCUGCAAGAGUGGUAUCGACUACUCCCUCCAAUAUUCCAAUUUGAAGAGCCGCGAGGAAGCUACCUAGAUGUCGAGCCAGAUGACAUGCGAUUCGUUUUACGCUUCAGAUAUAUGUCGUGUCGAGAUUUGAUAUCUAGGCCAUUCCUCAGGCUCCGAUUGACAGGGGAUGCACAGAUGGAGAAUCCUGAGCUUCGAAGCGCAGUUUCUAAGAGGGCAUCGAUAUGUAUCGAAAUGUGCAUGCUGAAGAUGACACAGAUCCGCUUAGACUGGCAUCAAGGCACGUGGUUCACGCUAAGGACCCAGGCAACCAACGCGGCCACCAUUCUGGCGGUAGCAUUAGCUAAGCAGACUGCAAAUCUCGAGAGUGGAUCGGACUUGGAGCUACCCGCGGUGUGGAGAGACCGGAUCAAUGACUUGCUACAAGCUAUGGCUCCAUUCUGGUCUGACCGGGAGGGCCGAUUGGCGCACAUCAGGAUGUUUUUAGAGCGAGGGCUAUCAGCAACUAGGUCCAUAUGA